CCCGCGCAGGCAGGGAUGAGGUGGGCGGGGGCCGCGUGGCGCCGGGAGGGAGGAGAGGGAGGGAGAGAGAGCAGGCGGCGGGGCGGGGGCUGCGCUGCGCCAGCCCCGAAUAAAGGCGGCGCGCUUGGCGGGCCCAGGAGGCUGCCGGGCGGGGGAGACGCCCAGUCAUUCGAGCCCGUUAGCAGGAAGCGCCCAGCAGCCGCAGUCGCCGCCCCGAGGGAAGCCCGCCGAACCGCCCAGCCUGCCGGCACCAUGCCGAAAACGAUUAGUGUGCGAGUUACCACCAUGGAUGCUGAGCUGGAGUUUGCCAUCCAGCCCAACACAACAGGGAAGCAACUGUUCGACCAGGUUGUGAAAACAAUAGGCCUGAGGGAGGUCUGGUUCUUUGGACUCCAGUACCAGGAUACGAAGGGCUUCUCAACAUGGCUGAAACUGAACAAAAAGGUAACGGCACAGGAUGUCCGCAAAGAGAGUCCGUUGCUUUUCAAAUUCCGUGCCAAAUUCUUCCCAGAGGAUGUGGCGGAGGAGCUGAUUCAGGACAUCACGCAACGCCUGUUCUUCCUCCAAGUGAAGGAGGGUAUCUUGAAUGACGAUAUCUAUUGCCCCCCAGAGACUGCCGUCCUGCUGGCUUCUUAUGCCGUCCAGUCCAAAUACGGUGACUUCAAUAAAGAGGUGCACAAUCCUGGCUACCUUGCCGGAGACAAACUGCUUCCUCAAAGAGUUUUGGAACAACACAAACUCAAUAAGGAUCAGUGGGAAGAAAGGAUCCAGGUGUGGCAUGAAGAACACCGAGGAAUGCUCAGAGAAGAUGCCAUCCUGGAAUAUCUGAAAAUUGCGCAAGAUCUGGAGAUGUAUGGGGUGAACUACUUCAGUAUUAAGAAUAAGAAAGGCUCAGAACUCUGGUUGGGUGUCGAUGCCCUUGGACUCAAUAUUUAUGAGCAGAAUGACAGGUUAACACCAAAAAUAGGAUUCCCUUGGAGCGAGAUCAGAAAUAUCUCAUUCAAUGAUAAGAAGUUUGUUAUCAAGCCCAUUGACAAAAAAGCACCAGACUUUGUAUUCUAUGCCCCUCGGCUAAGGAUUAACAAGCGCAUCCUGGCUCUUUGCAUGGGGAACCAUGAGCUCUACAUGCGUAGGCGUAAGCCAGACACGAUUGAGGUGCAGCAGAUGAAGGCUCAAGCCCGGGAGGAAAAGCAUCAAAAACAGAUGGAGAGAGCCCUGCUGGAGAAUGAGAAGAAAAAGAGGGAGCUGGCGGAGAAGGAGAAGGAGAAGAUUGAGCGCGAGAAGGAAGAGCUGAUGGAACGGCUCAGGCAAAUUGAGGAGCAGACGAAAAAAGCUCAGGAAGAACUGGAGGAGCAGACCCGCAAGGCACUGGAGCUGGAGCAGGAACGGAAGUGGGCUCAGGAGGAAGCAGAGAAGUUGGCGAAGCAGCGCCAGGAAGCUGAGGAGGCCAAGGAAGCCUUGCUGAAGGCAUCCCACGAUCAGAAAAAGACCCAGGAGCAGCUGGCUUCUGAAAUGAUGGAGCUCACCAACAGGAUCUUGCAGCUGGAACUGGCUCGUCAGAAGAAAGAGAGCGAGGCCAUGCAGUGGCAGCAGAAAGCCCAGAUGGUCCAGGAAGACCUAGAAAAGACUAAAGAGGAGCUGAAGUCAGCCACCAGCACCCCGCAUGUCCCAGAACCAAUGCAGUCCGAGAAUGAACACGAUGACGAGCAGGACGAAAGCGCCGCUGAGGCCAGCGCUGAGCUGAGGGCACACGCCUCUGUCAAGGACCGCAGUGAGGAGCAGCGGACCACAGAGGCAGAGAAGAAUGAGCGGGUUCAGAAGCACCUGAAGGCUCUUACAUCUGAACUGGCCAAUGCUCGUGAUGAAACUAAGAAGACAGCCAAUGAUAUGAUCCAUGCUGAGAACAUGAGGCUGGGCCGUGACAAGUACAAGACCCUCCGCCAGAUUCGGCAGGGCAACACCAAGCAGCGUAUUGAUGAAUUUGAGUCCAUGUAAUCAUUCCUGUGCCUGCUGCCUCUGCUCUCUCCUUUCCUCCCCCUUUUUCUAUGUGUAACCGCAUUGUGCUGGAACCGCUACAGAAGAGUGACCACAGUCUGUUGUAGAGUUGUGGGCAGAUGCUGCCAAUUCAAUGUAGGACCAAACCGGAUAAAAAAUGUGCCUUAAUGCAAAUUUCUGGUGGCAGUGCCCCAUCUUCUUUGCUUAACCUGGGUUGAAGACGGAAACCUCUGUUCCAUGAGGCUUUAUAUUGCUUAUUGCUACAGCAUCAAUUUGUAGCACAAGCAACUGACAAGCCCCCUUCUCACCACUAACCUCACUAGCCAAUGUUUGAAGAGACCUGCGUGUUGGAAUCCUCACUUUGAAAGCCAGUCUGGUCUUGAUAACGUGUGACUAGAAGAAUUGUUUCGAGGGGAAGUGGAUUAGAGCAGAAUUCAACAUUUUGUGCCUUACAUGGACACACCAAAGUUUUUCAUGAUUCCCAGAGGUUUAGGAGACCAUAUGGAUCACUCCAACCUUUUUUAGCAUUUUGCAUAUGCCACUACCUGGAAGGUUGAAAGAAGCUGGAUUCCAUAAUUAUUGUGAAAUGAGUUGAUUUGGUUAUAACUUGCCACAGGAUAGCUUUUGUCAUAUCCAGUAACGGGUGGCUACCUUGUGGCCCUCCAAAUGUGGUUGGACCAGGGCUCAUCAGCCUCAGCCAACAUCCCAGUGGCCAGAAAUUAUGGGAGUCCACCAACAUCUGGAAGGUGACAACUUCCUUAACUCUGUCUAAUAAGAAGCGGGGUUUUUUGUGACAUAUCCCAUUCAUAUUAGUCAGAGUAGUCAGAGUUAAGUGUUCAAAAGAGCAUGUGUUUGCUAUAAAUGCUAGAGAGGGAGGUACAAAAAUAUGCAGCUAGCCUUUUCAGGGUAGAUCUCCAGCACACACACCACACUGUAUGGUGCCUUAUGACACUUUCAUUCCCUUUUCCGUUGGUGUAAGGUUUUUAAUAGAGUUUUCUUGUUUACAGGUGAUGAGCAUGUAACACCAAAAGCCAAAACGGAAGCACUCCCUCUCCUCCCCAGCACCAGGCACUUGUAUAGCUAUAAAACCUGUCUUUGACUUUACAAAAGGGUUGGGUGGAAUUCAGCUAAGUCCUGCUCAGAGUAAACCCAUAGAAAUGAAUGAACCUGUUAGUCCUGUCCAUUAACUUCAGUGGGUUUACUCUGAGUAGGACUAGCACUGAAUACCACCCAUUCAGUUUCUGUUACAUUAGUUGUUGGGAAGCGGCAGGCUGCCCUCCCUCCCAAAUCUCUUGGCCUUGGAGUUCCUUUUGCUCUUCAGAUUUAAAAAAGACAACUUGCCUUACUUUGGAGCUUGUGCCGGUCUACCUCUUCUAAGUCCAAGCAGAGCCUUCUGCUUUGGUGUCAAUCUUUCAACAGUGCUUCCUUUCUCAAGAGAGUUUGGUAGUUGCUCCUGCCUGUGCUGUGACCUGGGAUCGAUGCCAUAGUGGUGGAAGCAGCAGGUAUGGAUGGGGGGACCUUCUGUCUACUCUCCCCAGGCGAGGAAGCUUUUUUUUUCCAAUUGUUUUAUCUGCAGAGAAGUUCCUCUGCUCUUCCGGCCCUUGACAGAGCAUCUUUCAGCUCCUGCACUGCAGUGUCUUAUCUGUUCAGCCCUGCUGGGGUUUUCCUGACUUUUCUCUCUCCCCCCCCCCUUUCUCCAAGGCAUGUUAAUACCAACAGUGCUUCUGUGGACAGAAAUGAAAGGAGACGGAGGAGGGCUGCAGCUCCAAGUUGCAUGUAGAAUGAAGGCAGGGGCUCCAGCUCUCCAGAAGUUGCUGAACUACAGUUCCCAUCAGCCCCCGCCAGCAUGGCUGAUGGCCAGGAAUGAUGGGAGUUGUCAUCCAGCAACAUGUAAAGGGACGCAGGGUCCCCAUCUGUGGUCCAGUUGGUUCCAAUGACGACAGUGAAAAAGUUCCCUGAAAAAUUGCCUCAAAACCAUCUUAAUCUGGUUUUGGGGUAGCUUGAUGUUGCCCAUACCAGUUGCAUGGAGAUUUGUCAGGACUUGGCUCUGCAAAGGUCACACUCUAAAUAUCCUGUGUGUGUCUUUUCAUUUAUAUGCACCCUUUGUUCCCCUCUCCCUUUCUAGACGCCUUGUGCCUUUAGGAAGUGAGGUGUGGAGAUGUGAAGUGGCAGCUCCUCCUCUUCCUGAAAAUAUGCAACCUCGUGCUUUGAACAUUUUUUUUAAAAAGCUUCCAGUUUAAUGUCUCAGAACUGAUUUACUCCCCUUGACUGAAAUAUUUGUGGCUUCUCUUCUCAUUACUUAGUCACUGUUAAAACCCCUGGUGCUUAAAAUGCAGUUUGUACUCAUUCCUGGCACACUUGGAUGCAAACCCAUCCUUCUAGUUCCUCAUGAGAGAAUGCCAGAGCCUCCCAGAUCUGUCUUGAACUAAUGAAGUUGCGGACCUCCUUUGCAUUGUCCUGGGUCACGGAGCUCUGUCAACCUCUUCAGCUGGCGCCCCGGCUCUCCUGCCCACUCACUGCUGGAACAGGAAGAAGCUAGCUUGUGCCAGGGAGUCUAACUCCUCAUGUAGUCGGUUCACUUCUCCCCUGAUCUUGCCAGUAUUAUGUAUUCCAGUGGUAUCUAAUGGUAUUGAUUUCAUUCUCUUUUUCUAGCUAUGCACGAUUAGAAAAUAUUAACCUUGGAAGUGUUGAGUGGGAGGGAAGAGUUCCCCCUUUUCCAUGGAAAAUGUAUACUGUAUUAUAAAGAGAUGAUAUUUUGCAGGAAAUUAAUGUAAGAAGCAUUCAGUAUUACGAUGAGAUUUCUAGACUUUUUUUUUAAUUAUUUGUUAGAAUUCAUGGAAGUUUCCCCUGCCCUGCUUCCCCAUAUGUUUACUGCUAUUACUAGGAUAUAUGCUAUCCUGGGGGUGGGGCUACCCUAUUAAGCAUUUUUGUCUGGCUUUAUAUUUGUGGUUUGGAUUAUUGUUUUUUUUGCUGUAAAUUAUGUCUACUUUUUUGACCAACCUUUUUACAUGUUUUGUUAAAACACCUGUUUUCCCAAGGGGGCUGUAAGGGAUCUUUGUGAAUCAGCCAUUCAGAUGCCUUGUGUUCAACGAGGUUUUGUUAAAGUCCACAGCCUGUUCUCUUCAUUCAGUGCCAAUAAAGUUUAGACCAACUGA